CAACCUUGGACAAACACCUCAGUCGCCCUCACAGUCGUCGUCUCCGUCACCGCCUCCUGGGCCGCCCUCCGAUUCUACAAACGCUUCCUCCGCCGCAUCCCCAACAUCUCGCACCUCCACCCAGACGCUCUCCGCACACGAUCCCUCUACGGCUACGUCACACGAGUAGGAGACGGCGACAAUUUCCGCUUCUUCCACACCCCGCUCGGUAUCUUCGCAGGCUGGGGAUGGCUGCCCUCCCGACGCGUCCAGGACCUCGGCAAGAAAGAGCUGCAAGAUCAAACACUCCACGUUCGCAUCGCGGGAGUAGACGCGCCGGAGUGUGCGCAUUUCGGACGGCCCGCGCAGCCGUAUAGUGCUGAGGCGUUGGAGUGGUUGAAAGGUACGGUGGAGGGUCGGUAUGUGCGCGUCUACCCGUUGCGGAAAGAUCAGUAUGAACGGGUAGUGGGCAAAGUCGUGUCGAGGUGGGUGAGGAAGGAUUUGGGCACGGCGAUGAUCAAGACUGGUUGUGCGACGGUUUACGAGGCGAAAUUUGGGAGUGAGUUUGCGGGGUUGGAGGAGGUGUAUCGGAAGGAGGAGGAGAGGGCGAGGGCGGGUGGGAAGGGGAUGUGGAAGGCUCCUGGGUUGGUGGGGAGGAUUUUGGGGGAAAAGGGGGAGGUGAGGGAGAGUCCGAGGGAGUAUAAGAAUCGAAUGAAGGCU